AUGAGACAAGACAUCCAGUGUCUACGAGGUGUUGCUAUUCUUUUCGUUCUCGCUUACCAUCUAUAUCCAUCACUUUUUGUCAAUGGUUUUCUUGGAGUUGAUAUUUUCUUUGUCAUUUCUGGAUACCUUAUGGCCCAAAACUUGACAAAGUCGAAACUAGAAUCCGUCUUCAAUUUUUUCAAGUUCUACUACAGAAGGUUUCGAAGAAUUCUUCCUCUCUAUUAUCUAGUUGUAUUUGUGACUCUUGUUCUGGUUCAUUUGUAUCUCGGGGAUUUUUGGUGGUACACAAACAGAAGAUACUCCCUGGCUUCUUUGUUUUUGGUGACCAAUCAGCUCAUCAUUCAUGACAGUGCAGAUUAUUUCAGAGAGUUCCUUGCCGAUGGUUCUUCUUUGAACGCAUUCAUCCAUUUAUGGUCUCUUGGUGUUGAAAUGCAGUUCUACCUUCUGGUCCCAUUCAUCUUCUUCGGGCUCCAAUUUUUGAAAGACGACUUAUUCAGACUGAUUGCUGUUUCAUUAACUACUCUGAUCGGCUUCAUAGCAUUUGUAUUCAUCAAUCAGCAAUUUGCAUUCAACUUCAUGUUCCUUCGUCUCUGGCAAUUUUCCGCAGGAUUCGUUGCAUUAUUCUGGAAGAAAACAAGCUUCUACAAAUACUCGGAGAAACUGAAACCUGCUAAAAUUGAAAUGGCGAUCCCAAUCGAGAAAGAUGAUCUAGUCACUGUUUCUCUAUCAAUUAUCGCAUUGUGUAUUUUGCCCAACAAGAUUGAAGUUCUUCUGCUAAGACCUUUCGUAACUUUGGCGACAUCGUUUGUAAUUGCCAGUGAAUCCCAGGAAAAUCAGUUCUUGAAAUCAACAACUCUUUCCUACAUUGGCGACAUUUCUUAUGUGAUCUAUCUCGUUCAUUGGCCAAUUAUUGCAAUUUUCCUGACAUCGACACUGAAGUGCUACUUGUUUUGUAUCAUAGUCACCGUCUUGGCUUCCAUUAUGCUACACCACCUUUUCGAAAAACAGUACUUACGCCUUGAUUGGAAAGUGAUGAUCCCGUUGAUUUUCUUUCUGGUUCUGAGCAAUGCAUAUUUGCAAAACAGUGUCAGAGAACACAGUUUCUGGAACAACACUUUCCCAGCUGAAGUUCAAGAGAUCGUUCAGAAAAAUAAGAUAAUGCUCCCAAACGUUUGGGAAACAACAUUUUCCAACAAUCGAAAAGAUCCAAAAGAUCAAUGUGAAGAAAAAGUAUUAGAAAAUCUGGAAGGAAGAGAACAAAUUUUUGGAUAUUGCAAAUACCCUAAAGGACAUGGAAAUUUCUCAAUCAUGAUGAUCGGAAACAGUUAUGUCAUGAAUCUCAAUGAACCAAUCAGAACACAAUUCAACUACAACUAUUCCGAAUAUCGAGCCAUUUCUAUCGGAGAAGGAUACGGAUUUUAUGCCGAUUCACCAGGAUCUCAACGAGCGUUGGAAAUUUUCCAGAAACAAGUUCAGGAACACAAACCGGAUGUUGUCUUUAUAUCAGCCAGAUACUCCCCCACCAUCAGAGCUCCAUUGAAACCAAACGAUGAAUAUCUACAGAAAAUGAAUGAAGGAAUAGAGUUUCUAGAGAAAUACGCGAAGAAAAUCUACAUAUUGGGAUCGCAUCCUUUGUAUAAUCUGAAUUUCCUAAACUUCUUUUUACAUUACGCAGUCCAACGGUCAUCAGAACUCGAAUCUCUUCACCUGAAUAAACAUAAAGCAGACGAAGAAAUGAAAUAUGUAAUGAAACGGUUUAGUAUGGUGAAGUGCAGCAAAUGUCAAUUCUACGAUUUGAGCCAUGUAUUUGUGGAGGGUGAUAAGUACCUGACAUUCGACCGAGAACAGAUGCUUUCCUACGUGGAUAACUCCAUUCAUCUAACCAAACCAGCACUCGAUUUAUGCGAACCAGUUUUCAAAAGAAUCGCAAAUGAAAUCCUGGACGUUAUUUAA